UAAAGACUAUAACAGUAGUGAAAAUCACAAUAGCAGUAAAGACCGUAGUAAUAGUAAUAAUAAUCAUGAAACAACAAAUACAAUGAAAGCAGGAUACUCAUCUUUACAGUUGUACUGGACUCGACCUACUGAGCUUCAAAACAUAUCACUCUUUCAGUUAUAUUUAAACUACAAAUAUGUAAAGGGAGAAUGGAAAUGCUAUACAAAAGACAAUAUUGUGCAUAUCUGGCCACAACCAUCCCUAUUACAGAAUAGAAACAUCUUACAACUCACAGAAAAUAAAACCUUUUCAUGGAAAGAGCUUUAUGAUCGCCAUUUGCAAGAAAUCGAAUCUGGACCUACUGAUUUACUUGAACCAGCUAUGAUCAUAGCAGAGACAAGUCCCGAUACACUAAUGUACGAUUCUUUAGAUCUUGGUUUACACAGUAUUGACCUGAGCUAUAACUGGGCUAGAAAAAGUAAAGAAAGAUAUCCCACUCUUAUGGAUGCAAAUGCCUUUAUUCAGCGAGCAUGUAAUGAAAAUAUUGAAGACUAUGAAAUAAAUAAUUCUAUUGAUACUGUAAUUGAUUAUGACACCUUAAAUGAGAAACAAAAAAUAAUUCUUGAUAGAAUAGAAU